AUGGCGUUUUCAUCAUCUCAGGAAAAAUCCGGUAACAGCCCUGGGUUGGAGCCACUGCAGUUUAUAUCAUCCCGAGAAACCGAUCUUGGGAAGCAAGACUACAACUCUGAGACUUGGCACAUGAGCUUUAGAGGCUUUGCCUGCCCAGAGGCUCUGGACCCCAUCAGGUGUCUCAGGACACUCUCCGAGCUCUGCCAUCUAUGGUUGAGGCCGGACCUUCACACCAAGGAGCAGAUCCUGGAUCAGCUGGUGAUGGAGCAGUUUAUGAUUUCCAUGCCACUGGAACUCCAGGUCUUAGUCAAGGAGAGUGGUGUAAAGAGUUGCAAAGACUUGGAAGAGAUGCUAAGAAAUAACAGGACACCCAAGACGUGGUCCAUUGUCUCCUUCCAAGGACAGGAAUUUCUUCUGCGAAAUUCGGAUGUUCAAAUGGCUGAAUCCAAUUCCAGUGAUGUGGAUGAGGUGAGCCCCUUGCCUGGGAGUCCCUGCUCCCCUGUGAGUGAGACACAGCUGGAGAACCACCAGAAAGUUCAUGGAGAGCUGCAGGAUUUGCCAGAGACCAGUGAAACAUCAAGGGGGCAGGGACAUGAAGUUCUCCUGCCAGAGGCCAUUCCUGGGGGCAAUGAGUCGGAGGAUCUGAGACCCAAGCAGAACUUGGGAGAGAACCUCAUGGAAGAAGAUAGGGAAGGGCAAACAAAACUUAAAGCUCAAGAAUCCCCAUUGCCAAAGGGUCUUGAUUCCAUGAGGGCAAAGGAUGGGAAGAAUCCUGAGGAAGGAAUUUAUAUUAAAAAUGUGAAUGCUGACAUAUAUCCCACCCAUGUUUUGGAGAGUGAAGUUUCUCCUCAGAGUGGGAACAGAGAAGAGUCUUGUAGGAUUCUGAGAAGUUCCAAAAGAAGAAAACCAGACAAUACCUCUAUUUCUCAAGGACAGCCUCAAGAAGGAGCCAAACAUUUGGACCAAAAUGAAUUCCUAAGACAAACUGGGUUAAUAUCAGUUAAUUCACCAACCACCACAAGACCAACCAGCUAUCCUGCUGGCCAAGGUAAAGAAGCAACCGGAGCGAUACCGUACCAAUGUGCGGUGUGCAAGAAAGGAUUUCAGUAUAAGUCUCAGUUCAACAUCCACCAGAGAACACACACAGGAGAAAGACCCUUUAAAUGCAAUUCCUGUGGGAGAGGCUUCAUGCAGCCUUCAGACCUCAGGGUUCACCAGCGAAUCCACACCGGAGAGAAGCCAUACAGAUGCGAGCUCUGUCACAAGGAGUUUACCCACGAGUCCACCCUGCAUGGCCACAAGAGGAUCCACACCAAGGAGAAGCCAUACGAAUGUAAGGACUGUGGGAAAUGCUUCAGCCACAGGGGGAACCUCAACGUUCACCAGCGCAUCCACUCUGGGAUGAAGCCAUACAAGUGUCUCGUAUGCAGCGAAAUCUUUCGCCAGCUGGGAACUUUUAAGCGUCACCUAACAAUACAUUCAAGAAAGACUUCUCAAUGA